ACUGACCUUGGCUUGGAGCGGCUACUGCGAGACGGCAAGGCGGGCUGGGUCAUGGCGGUGUCAAACGAGGUCACGAGGCAGAUAGUGGGGAAAGACUGUGCUCGAGGGGCUUAGCGUGCUCGAUAUCUGGGACCAGAAACCGAACGAGAGAACCAUCCACCACGAAAUCAAGAAAAUGAGCAUCGAGGAGCGCAAGAAGCUGGCCGAUGCACUUCUAGAAGACGUGGCGGCUGAGGAGGAGGGCGAAGCAAAGCACCCGUUCCAAGACACUGACUUUGACAACCCUUUCAACACGUGUGCUCCCGCGGCCAACGGCAAGGUACUCAAGACAGACGACGGGGAGGAGCAUGGCCCUGCCUUGAACCCUGAUACUUGGGUGCCACUCACCCUGACGUGCCAGAGUCCAGUCAGCGAUAAAAUGUCCGCAUUCGACUUCGCUCUUCCGAAGCCCACGGAUCACACAGGAUGCUUCACCGGCCAGUAUGUGAAGGUUCGCGUGAACCUCAAGGGCAUCGAACAGGAGCGCUACUUCUCGCCCGUGUCGCGUCCGGACGACUUCGGCCGCAUCGAACUCGUGCUCAGGUUCGAGUCUCAGGGCCUCAUGUCUCAGCACUUUAAGGCUCUCAAGUCAGGAGACCAAGUGGAGUUCCAGGGUCCUUGCGGAGGCUUCGAGUACGAGGCGAACCAGCUGGACGAGGUGACGCUCCUGGCCUCGGGCGGAGGCAUCACCCCCGGCAUGCAGCUCAUCCGCGCCGUCAUGCACAACCCCGACGACAGGACCAAGAUCAAGCUCCUCUACUUCUCCGAGAAUUACGACGAGAUCCUGUACCGCGAAGAACUUGAUGAUUAUGCAGCCAAGGAUUCUCGACUGGAAAUGAUGCACACGCUGGGAGAGUCGCCUGAAGACUGGGACGGCGAGGAAGGCUUUAUCGACACGCAGAUGAUUGACAAGUACCUGACCAAACCCAACGGCAUUAAACAAAAGAUCAUCAUGUGUGGAGGUCCUACUAUGACCAUCUCGUGCCUUCACUCUCUGCGGUCCCUCGGCUUCCCCUCCGACGCCAUCUUCAUCUUCGGCCAGUUCGGCACCGAGCACGUGAGGAAGGUCUACGGCAGGAACGUCCAGCUCUCCGGCCACCGCUGCGACAGUGUCCUCUGAGAAAGACGAUCUCUCCGAGUUUCAAAGAAUGUCCUAAAAUAUUAGCGUUUGGAGAAGUGAGAGAGCACGGACUAAUUAACUAAUGAACGGACUAAUAAAGUCCUUCACUAACGUUUUGUAGAUCCUGAGAGUGUGGAACAUGAGAGAGAUUUUCACUCAGGAGCUUGAUGUCACGGCUAAUGUUGAAGAAAAACAAACAACGAUAGCUAUAUAAUUUUAUAGUAUGUAUAAAUGCACUUAUGCUUCUAAUGAAUCUACUGCUGGAAAGUGCCAAACGGAUUUAUGCAUUAUGUUUAGAUACUGCAUCUACUUAAGAAUGUAUAUCACAACUAUGUUACUACAUAUAAUGUAAAAAUGUCAUUGCACUGCAGAAAUUACUCUGCUAUUUUACAGUCCUAGAACUCAAUACUUAACAUGGAAUGAAAUGCAUUUCAAAACAAUUCCAUAGACUGCAUCAUUCUUUACAACUAAAAGCUCAACCUGACUGCAUUUACAACAUCCCUUUGAUGUUAAAAGUGCAGAUAAAGUGUUCCACUUUAUUUUUCCAGUUUUAAAGUAGAUCCUUGUCAGAGAUAUUUAGCCGUGGUCUUUGCUAUAUACUAAAGUAUCAGAGUGAUACUUUUUUCGAGAGAAGACUGUCGCUGAAUUCUUAACUGGUACUGUUGUCUGCUAAAAAAAACUUUUAUAUAAUAUUGAUAUAGAUUUGGUUUAUAUCCUGUAUCUCCUAAUUACGUAAGCUAUAUCUGCAAUUACUGAAUCAAAGUGAGUUGCCAAGUAAUAUUAGAAAUAAAUGUUAUCUUAAAAGGUUA